AUGUCCGAAAUCCAUAAUAACCAUAAUUAUAAUCAAAGUCGACCCAGCAUCACACGUGGCAGUGAUUAUGUGUGGCAGUAUGAAUAUUAUGACGAUGACGAGCCCGUGUCUUUCGAGGGUCUCAAGGCUCAUCGAUACUCUAUCGUCAUCGGCUUCUGGGUGGGACUAGCCGUGUUCGUCGUCUUCAUGUUCUUCGUCCUCACCCUGCUGACCAAGACAGGAGCCCCGCACCAAGAAAACCCGGAGCUGUGCGAGAAGCGCCACCGGCUGGGGAACUGCGUCGUGGACAUCCGCUGCCCCCAGGGGGACUCCCUGGCCGACGAGGACAAGGCCUUCUCGCGCCCCCUUCUGGACGAAUCACGCUCCUUCUUCUACAUCAGCAAGGAGAAGCAGGGGAGAGGGGGAGCAGGGGGUGGAUGUGGGCCGCAUAGGGUCUGCGGGAGGCUGGGCGGACGCAGCUCCUUCGGGUUGGAGGAGAUGGGGGAGGCGGGGGAAGCCAGCGAGCGGGGAGACGGCGGUAUCGACCUCCAGGGACUUCCGGAGGAGGGAAAGUCAGAGAGGGAACACAGCUUCCUGUCGCACCACUUCGACAUUCCCAACUUUGUGAACUCGGAGCACAGCUCAAUGAUGGGAGAGGAUGAUCUGCUGCUCUGUGAGCCGCCCGUCCUCCUGGACAGCCAAUCGUGCGGUCAGGAUGGCCACCACGUCAUCAGCUGA